AUGUCGUUCGCUACCCUCCCAAUGCUGCCAUCCAACCCAUGCUCCAAAUACUGUUCCCGUUCCCAUUCGAAGGAUGGGACCCGACACUACUCAUUCCUGAAUCAUGGAAGGGCUCGCUUUUUAUAUCGAUCACGAUCGACAUGGCUUAGGAAAGCAUACAUGCAGACUGGCAGAACCGGAAAGCGGAAAGCGGAAGGCGGAAUAUGGCUAUUUGUGGAUUUGAGGUUGCUGGAUUUGAGUUCGGCCCUUCGUUCGGAUUGUUUUCACAGAUGUGGUAAUUCUAUUGUCAUCAUUACGGUGAACUACAGGUCAAACUACUCUCAAGAUCUUUAG